AUGGCGCGGCUCCACCACCUCCUAGCCCGCGCGCUCGCCUCCCACCACCUCCUCCGCCCGUCUCCGCUCCCUUUCUCAGCGCGGCCGACUCUCCCGCUGCACUCGCCGCCGCCGCCACCGCAUCCCCAUCCCCAUACCCGCAGCCCACCCCCUUUCCCCGCCGCCGCCUCGCGGUACUACGGUUCAUCCGCAUCCAGACGGCGUCGGCGCGGUUCAGCCCCGCCGAUGCUGCCGAGGCGGAGGCGGGCGAGGCGGAAGGGCCCGAGCGAGCUCAGCGUGCAGAUUGGCAUCGAAGAAGCCCUCCCCGACGACCCCCUCAUCCUGAGUAUCGCAGAGGCGCUUCGAACGGACGUUGGGAGGGCGAUGAAGCUGGCACUCCACAAUCUGGAGAACUCGGAGUACAGGACCAGGGACACGGGUAUAAGAAAUGUGGAUAACUAUGACAGCGUCGAGGUCUCUCUGCUGCUCUGCGAUGACGGUUUCAUCAGGAAGCUGAACAAGGAAUGGAGGGACGAGGACCACGCCACGGACGUGCUGUCAAUGUCGCAGCAUAUCCCAGGCCUUGAUAUCCCCAUUCUGCAGUUGGGCGACUUAGUAAUUUCCGUCGAGACAGCCCGUCGGCAGGCAGAGGAAAGAGGCCACACGCUUCUUGAUGAGAUGAGAAUUCUCACGGUGCAUGGAUUAUUGCAUUUAUUGGGCUUUGAUCAUGAACUCGGCAAGGAGGCUGAAGAAGAGAUGGAGAAGGAAGAAGAACAAAUAUUAAAUAAUCUUGAAUGGAAAGGGAAAGGACUCAUUAGGAGUGCAUAUCAUUUCAGUACAGACAUGGAUCAUUCAGAAAAUUCUGAUGAGGCCAAUAGCGAUGUAGAGAAAAUGAGCGUACGGGAGGGUCAUCAUCAGCCAAAACUGACCCAUAUAGUAUGUGAUAUAGAUGGUACUCUCGUGGAUUAUGAAGGACACCUGCAUGCAGAAUCUAUAGAACCUUUGAGAGAGGCUAUAUCACGGGGAGUAACUGUUAUCAUGGUUACUGGGAGGACCCGGGCUUCCACCAUAGCAACUUUCAAGCUUCUUAAUAUAGAAGAAAAAGAUGAAUUUAUAUCGGAGAACUCACCUGGUGUAUUUCUACAGGGUUCACUUGUUUACGGAGGGAACGGCCAACUGAUUUAUAGAGCAAACUUGGAUGUGGAUAUAUGCAAGGAGGCAUGUUUGUACUCCUUAAAGAAUAAAACUCCUCUUGUUCUAUACUGUGAGGAACAAUGUUUGACCUUGUUUGAACAUCCUUCUGUCGACUUGUUGCACACUCUGCACCAUGAGACCAAGGUAAAAGUAAUGCCUUCAGUUGAAGACCUCUUAGAAUAUUCGUCCAUUCAGAAGUUGCUUUUCCUUACCAAUGCGGAGGAAGAUUUAUCUGUCCUAAUACAGCAUUGGUCAGAACUAACAGAAGGGAAAGCAUGUGUUGUCAAAGCGCAGCCAAAUGCACUUGAGAUUGUUCCCCUUAAUGCUUCUAAAGGUGGUGGUAUCAGGGUGCUACUUGACCAUCUCGGAAUAACUGAAGAUUCUGAUCUUGAGGCUGUUGGAGACUAAGGACCUGUUCGGAACCUCUUCGCUCCUCCACAAUUGAUUCUGGAGCAGAUGGAGCUGCAGUGC